UUGUAGCGUCCUCAUGAUACUCAGUUUGUGCUCCAAUAGAUUAUGAGAGACAAACAUAAAAUCCUGAUCUGUGGCACUUACUGGUUAACCCUACACAUCGACUUCUGAAUUCAUUAUUGACGGGAAUUUUACAGCCUAAGAGAUCUAGCUCACGGCCCACUGUUAGUCAGCGGUGCUAGUUUUGUACUUUGUGCAAAUGUGUUGUAGUCAGCCAAGACUGAAGAAGUCGCUUGGAUAAGUUACAAAAUAUUUCUUGCACUGAAAACGUCACAUACAGAUGAACAGAAUCAACUUUCUGAGAAGAUUUGUCUAAUUAAUCUAUUACGUGAUUCUAAUGGAUUCAUUAGAAAUGUUACAUAAAGGCAUUUGUGUAGUUAAUGUCCAGAUUAAUAAUGCUAUGUAGUGGAUGAGGUCCAGGAUUGGCAAUGUAAUAUUAAAAAAAUUAACAAAUAGCACAAAAAUGAUACCAUCCUCCUGGAGAGCAAAGAGCAAAACUUGAACUACCAAAAUAAUACAGAAAACAGCAGCAGUAAAGCUGCUUGUUCAUACUGUCUUGCAUUUCAGGGUGUAAAUGGCAUUUUUCCAUGUGUCUCGGGUUUAUGUUAGAGUAACUCAACAAUGUGUUAAACUUUAAAUACAAGUGGUAUAAAAUACAUUAGAUGAAUACAGACAUGUAUAAUUUCAGACCAUAGUAUAUUUUACUAUAGUUUUAAACCUCAAAAGCCAAAAUGGCAUUCUCAAGUAAGACAUGUAGUUUAGCUUCCCUUUAAACACCUAACAGACGUGCUGCAAAAUAUACUGACUGACACAGACACUUUCAAAAACAGACACUUGUAUAGUUUCUCAGUACUCAGACUUCACAGUACUGACACAAAGAUAUGAUGUAACAGGUAGUUUAUAGUUGAGUAAGACAGGCCCUGCCAGCCUUUUAAAGAGAAAGAUGGGUAAUAAAAUAAUUGUUCCCACAAACUAAACACAAUGCAUGUUUACUUGUGGCCGUUGUUAUUCAAAGCUCACUCCUUUCCGCCUGUGACUGUCCAUUGUAAUCGUGGAACUCGCAACAGACAGGAAAUACAGAGAAAUAAAGAGGAAAGUCACUCUUCAAGAUUUCCAAGGUGUUUCCUUUGCUGUUACAAUGUGUGCGGACGUCAGAGAGCAAGAAUAUUCUGAAUCGCUGUUCUUCCUCAUUACCCAUCAUGCAAUGUGGGAAAAGGAACACUCCUCUUGUUUACCUGGAAAAACACAGAGACGACAACUAUUAGCCGAAGGGAGAGGAACAAACGAAAGCAGAAAGAAACAGACUUAGGUUUGUCCUGCUAAGCAUGACUCGGGUGUUCCGCUUCGUGUGGAUGAGUCAGAUCCUUUUUAUAUGUACUUCUGGAUAUUGCUUCCCUGCCGUCUUGCAUUUCUAAGGUGUGUGCGAGAGAAGUGGGACGUCAGAGUGGGAGGGGCUGCAGGGCUUCCUCUGUGUGGACUAACUGUUCAUAUGGUAAACAGAGGGUCACGUGGGCCAACAGUGCUGAAGCAGUUAGGAGAAAAGGGAGGGAAAGAAACAAGGAGAGGGCGUAACUUGAUACACAGGAGGACUUUGGCCUGCUUCAUGUGCAGGAGGCGGUACUUUCACCCUGAGUCUAGAGGACAUUGGAUUACACACCAAAAAGAAGGGAAACAAAAGAUCUGAGUGCCAUGUUGUGGUUAAAGUGAAGUUUGGCCUGCCUCAUCGGGUUCAGUCCUUUUAUUUAGAUUUAUCUGGACACUUUUUAAAAUCUGUUCUCUGUGGGAAAAGCCAGUGUCUUCCUAGUUUGUAAUCUCUUCAUAGUUUCUUCCGGGUAAAAGAAGAAUCAAGAUGCCCACCUUCACUGUGGUGCCAGUGGAGGAUGUGGAAGAUGGCAGCAACAGUGGAGCUGCAGCUGGAGGGAACAGACCUAUCAGCUUGGGCAAAAUCUUUUCAGAGGAGCAAGAGGCUGACAGUGCAGAGGAUCCUUUUUCAGGAGAUGACAACCGGAGGGAGUCCUCUGCAUUCAUCAACCCAGACAUGGACACAGAGACCUACUAUGAAGGCAAGAAUAUGGCCUUGUUUGAGGAAGAAAUGGACAGUACGCCCAUGGUUUCAUCUUUUCUCAACAAACUGGCUAAUUACACCAACCUAACCCAGGGUGUUCGUGAGCAUGAGGAAGCCGAGGAUGGAGUCAGGAGGGCUGCAGUCAUGGUCCCCCAUAUGGGAACAUUCAUUGGGGUCUACCUGCCCUGCAUGCAGAACAUUCUGGGGGUGAUUCUCUUUCUGCGCCUCACCUGGAUUGUCGGCACAGCAGGAAUUCUCGGAUCUUUCGCCAUUGUCUCCAUGUGCUGCAUCUGCACAUUGCUCACAGCUAUAUCAAUGAGUGCCAUUGCAACAAAUGGAGUUGUCCCAGCCGGUGGCUCGUAUUACAUGAUCUCCAGAUCCUUGGGUCCAGAGUUUGGAGGUGCUGUGGGACUUUGUUUGUACCUGGGAACCACCUUCGCUGGAUCCUUGUACAUUCUUGGAACCAUAGAGAUUCUUUUGCUCUACAUCAUUCCACCUGAAAAAGUGGUCAAAGAAACAACGGCCAACGACAUGCGAAUCUAUGGCACCUGCUGCCUGCUCCUGAUGGCACUGGUUGUGUUUGUAGGGGUGAAGUAUGUGAACAAGCUGGCUCUGGUGUUUCUGUCCUGUGUGGUUCUGUCUAUCAUGGCCACUUACGCAGGAGCCAUCAAGACGGCCAUCAAACCCUCAAACUUUAGUGUCUGUCUGUUGGGGAACCGCACUCUGAAGAAUGAAAUGUUUGAAAAGUGCGCAAAAACAGAUGUGGAGCUCUGGAACCUUUUUUGUGACAGUCCAUAUCUCAACGCAACCUGUGACGAGUACUUCGCCUUAAACAACCUGACCGAGAUCCAGGCCACACCGGGAGUCCUGGGGGAAGUCAUCAACGACAACUUGUGGGGCAAUUAUGGCCCAGACAACAUGGUGAUAGAGAGGAAAAACCUGUCUUCUGUACCAGCCGAGGCCAACAACGACAAACUUAAGAACUACGUCUUCAACGAUUGGGCCACCUACUUCACUCUGCUGGUGGGAAUAUACUUCCCCUCUGUCACAGGUAUAAUGGCUGGUUCUAACAGGUCAGGUGAUCUCAGAGACGCCCAGAGAUCCAUCCCAAUAGGAACCAUACUGGCUAUUCUCACCACAUCCUUCAUCUAUAUCUCCUUUGUGGUCUUGUUUGGAGCCUGUAUUGAAGGAGUGGUCCUGAGAGACAAGUUUGGUUUCUCAGUAAAGACGAAACCUGUCAUCAGCAUUCUGGCCUGGCCAUCACCGUGGGUGAUUGUGAUUGGCUCAUUUUUUUCCUGCUGCGGGGCGGGACUGCAAAGCCUUACAGGUGCCCCCCGGCUGUUGCAGGCCAUUGCUCGCGACGGCAUCAUUCCUUUCUUACAGGUCUUUGGUCAUGGGAAGGCUAACGGUGAGCCCACCUGGGCUCUGCUGCUGACUGUUGGGAUCUGCGAGAUAGGAAUCCUUAUUGCCUCUCUGGAUCAUGUAGCCCCCAUCCUCUCCAUGUUUUUCCUCAUGUGCUAUCUGUUUGUCAACCUGGCCUGUGCUGUCCAGACUUUGCUCUGCACCCCCAAUUGGAGACCUCGCUUUAAGUUCUAUCACUGGACUCUGUCCUUCUUAGGGAUGAGUCUUUGUCUCUCCCUCAUGUUCAUCUCCUCCUGGAUCUACGCUCUGGUCGUCAUAGUGAUAGCCGGCUGUAUCUACAAAUACAUUGAAUACAAAGGGGCAGUGAAGGAGUGGGGAGAUGGAAUCAGAGGUCUGUCCUUAAAUGCAGCACGCUACGCUCUCAUCCGGCUAGAGGAGGCACCGUUACACACCAAAAACUGGAGGCCUCAGCUGCUGGUGUUGUGUAAACUGAACUCAGACCUGGAGGUGACACACCCUCGUCUCCUGUCCUUCGCCACGCAGCUCAAAGCGGGGAAGGGGCUGACCAUCGUCUGCUCCGUCCUGGAGGGGACAUACAUGACCCGAGGGGACGAGGCCAAGAAAGGAGAGCAGAACUUGAAAGCAGCCAUGGCUGCGGAGAAGACAAAGGGUUUCUCUCACGUCGUGGUGUCGUCCAGCCUGCGAGAUGGUUUCUCCAUCCUCAUUCAGUCAGCUGGACUGGGGGGAAUGAAGCACAAUGCCGUGCUGAUGGCCUGGCCAACAGGCUGGAAACAGGACCGGGACUCCUCCGUAAGGAGAAACUUUAUAGAAACCGUUAGAGAGACGACUUCGGCACAUCAGGCUCUGCUCGUAGCCAAGAACAUCGACCAUUUCCCUGCUAACCAGGAGCGUCUGAAGGAGGGCACCGUUGAUGUGUGGUGGAUCGUACAUGAUGGUGGACUGCUCAUGCUUCUGCCUUUCUUACUUAGUCAGCACAAGGUAUGGAGGAAGUGCAAAAUGCGAAUCUUCACUGUGGCACAGAUGGAUGACAACUCCAUUCAGAUGAAGAAAGAUCUCCAGAUGUUUCUCUACCAACUGCGUCUAAAUGCAGUGGUGGAGGUAGUGGAGAUGCAUGACAGUGAUAUCUCAGCUUUCACCUAUGAGAAGACGCUGGUGAUGGAGCAGAGAUCUCAAAUGCUCAAACAGAUGCAGCUGUCCCGCACAGAGAGGGAGAGAGAGAUUCAGAGCAUCACGGAUGUAUCGCGUGCCUCCAUAAAGAGGAAGAAGUGUUCGAGUGCCGACGCCCCGCCCCUCUACUCUCAGUGCAUUCCAGAGGAUGAGGCUCAGCUGAUUCACGACCGGAACACAGCAUCUCAUUCUGCAGCGAAUGACAAGGCUGCUGGCGCCACUUCUGAUCGUGUCCACAUGACCUGGACCAAAGACAAACUGCAGAAUGAGAGGAACAAACACAAAGAAAACAUGGCAGUGAAAGACAUGUUCAACAUGAAACCUGAGUGGGAGAAUCUCAACCACUCUAAUGUGCGGAGGAUGCACACAGCGGUGAAACUGAACGAGGUGGUGGUGAAGAAAUCCUGUAACUCGGAGCUCGUCUUGCUGAACAUGCCGGGCCCACCAAAGAACAAGAAAGGGGAUGACAACUAUAUGGAGUUCCUGGAAGUUUUAAUGGAAGGUCUAGACCGUGUACUGUUGGUUCGGGGAGGAGGUCGGGAGGUCAUUACUAUCUACUCCUAGCGCAAAGAGGUUCCUAUUUUUUUGGACGUGUACUUUAAACAAACCAUGUUUGGACACAAAGGCUUUAAGGUGGGACAGUGACAACAGACUUUGUUUUUUAAGAAGUCCAGUAUUUCCAACCUCCUUAGAUUACAAUAACCUGGAUGACUGAUGAAGAGAAGAGUGCCACAUUUGGACAACAAGGGACUCUGCAUACAGCACAGCCUCAGCUUAGUGCAGAGUCUGGAAGUGAAGAGGAUUGACUACAGACAGACCACUAGGGGCUCCACCACUCCAACUCCUCCAGAUGAAAAAACAUGAACUGCAGCUUGUUUUUGUUGCCUUUAGUGCAAUCGUUGGUUUCACUGAGACAUGCAGAUAUAGUGGAAACUGUCCUUUUACAGAGUACCCUAAAGAUCACAGCAAUGACUUUUAUAGGAAUACUUUUGCGUUUGGCAAUAACAUUCAAUGAUAUUUCCUUUGUGAUCUUUAUUAUUUAUUUCCGUGCCAGUUGUGACACUUCAUUGUAACAAAUGUUUUACUUUGGGAUGAUUAAAUGAGUUGAACAUGUUUUUUAGCCAAUAUUGUGAAAGAAUAUCAAAUGUGGAAUAAUGUGUUGAUGACCAUGAACAAACGUAUGCUGCUCGUAACACACUAGGCCAUUACUGUUUUUGUUGCCACAGAUGGGAAUGUGCCAAGCAUAAUGAAGAUGUAAUAGAGUGAAAAUGAUACAGAUGAUUUGCUGGUUUCAACGUUUCAGGACAUUUUAAUUAUUGAUGAGUUUGACUGAGUUUUUGUAUGUUGUCAUAAUGUUAGUCUGUGAGCUCUUUCCUUAGACGCCACUACAGCUAGUGGCAAAGGAUGCAAUAUGGAGUCUCUAUAGUAGUGUUGUUGUUGUUGUUUUCAUCAUAGGUUAGUACUGAUUCAUCUCUUUUUAGGAUGUUAUUUAGCAAAAAACAAAUAUAACUUAAAGUCUGUAUAAUAA